AUGUUGCAGCGAACAAGGGAAGCCGUCCAAGAGAGAGUUAACUUGGUGCAUCGUCUCGACCGUGGGGCAAGUGGAUGUCUUUUAUUGACACUGGCAAAGUCAGAUGAAGAGGAUCUUGAUGCGACGGCGUCGUUGCAAGAAGCUAUGACGAAUGCAACCAAGACGUAUGUAGCCUUGGUUCGGGGCGAGGGGAGAAUCAAUGGACGAGACCUAAAGUCUGAGGGGUGGUUUGAAGUAGACAGACCAAUAAAAGAUGAGUCUGGAAACUUAAAUAAUGCAACAACAAUGUUCAGAUUUGUUGCUGGCCAAGACAAUGACUCUGGUAAUCUGGACCGAGCUAGGGCUAGCAUUGUUUUGGCCCGACCGAAAACUGGCCGGUGGCACCAAAUUCGACGCCACUUGAAUGGGCUAUCGCAUCCAAUUAUAGGGGACUCGUCGCACGGUAACUCACAAACAAACAGGGAGUGGCGCAAUGAACGUGGUCUUCCACCUGAGAGAACUUGUUUGCAUUUGUUGACGCUUGAACUGCCAGCAAAAGAGAUGUUUCCAUCUGGUAUCAAAGCCUUCUGUCCACUUGCAGAUGAUAUGAUGAGUCUUCUUGAAAUACAACUACCGGAUGUCCUGAGUAAAGCACAGCAGAUACUCAAGGAAGAAGAAGGCAUUGAGCUUACAUCAAGUCAAGGAGUGCUUUCGGAAGUGAUCCCAAUUCAACUGACAGUGCAAGUGUAA